GUGAUAACAGCCAACAUUUACAAAUGUUCUUUCAUGCUACCCACUGGACAGUAUUACAUCUUCUAUGAUCAGCUUAUGCUACAGAAGGCAACGAAACACCUGCAAACCGUCUACAGAUCACUGACUGCUAUAUAAGCAGACAUGAGAGACAGACUGAGGCAUCUCCAUCAGGUCCAGACUGACUCUGAGGGCUUCAGCACAGUGGAGCUGGACAGCCUGUCAGAGCAGGGACCAGCAGGACCACAUCCAGACCAGGAAGUGGACGCUGUCCUGCAGCACGCCCAGGAAAUACGACUAGAAAUCCAACGGAUCCAACACGACAUCAGUGAACUAAAAGACGUGAACUACCUGGCUUUGAACCAGACCUCCUACCCAAGUGUGACAAAGAGAGACUCCAGUGCAGUCGGGGCUGAUAUCAAAAGGAGGGGAGAAGCUGUGCUGCAGCAGCUCCACAAGAUGAACGCUACAAGAGAGGAUCUGGAGGCUCGGCGUGGGGGCUCAGACCCCACAGCUCGCAUCGCUCGGACACAGUACCAGUGUCUGAGCAACGCCCUGCACGAGGUGAUGUUCAGCUACAGUGACACGGAGAUGAGCCACAGGGAGGCCUGUAAACGGCAGAUCCAGAGACACUUUGAGGUGGUGGGCAGGGACGUGGGUGAGGAGGAGCUGGAGGACAUGAUAGAGAGCGGGCAGUGGAAUGUGUUUGGGGUCCAAGUGGAAGGCAGAACAGCUCAGUCUGCUCUGCUGCAGAUUGAGAGCCGUCACAAAGAGCUGCUGGAGCUGGAGAGAAGGAUCCAGGCCAUCCAGGAGCUGUUCCUGGAUGUAGCCCUGCUCACAGAGGAACAGGGGGUCGCUGUGGAAAACAUCCAGAAAAAUGUCCAGACUACUCAAGCGUCUGUUCAGGAAGGCAUAACCCAACUGGAGAGAGCUGCUGAAACAGAUAAAAACAACCCCUUCAAGAAGCUGUUCUGUGGCUGCUUCCCAUGUUAUUAUAAUUAACAUGAGGUUCAUAGACGGGUUAGAUCAGGUUUAAGCCUUUCAUGCAUUAAUUAUAUGAACCUUAGUCAAGAUUUUUUUCCUGAGUGUUUGUAUUCCUCUUUAGGCAUGAAAAAAAAACAAUGUGAUGGAAAUUUUUUAAUGAACCUGUUUUACAAAAAUGUCCACUCAGCUGGACACCAUGUAUUUAAUUUUUUGAAGCAAAGAAACAUGUAUUUAAAACGCAAUAUUAUGGGAAAUGGAAGCCAAUGUUGUGCUAAGACAGGAUUGGGAGCAUAUAUGUGCAAACCAGUGGACAACUACUAACUCUCUCUUUUGGAGGGAGUAUGGAUGGAAGAACAUUAUUAGGUUUUCCUUGACUCCUGCACAGAGAAAAUAUGCAGAUGCAGAUACCUUGUGGUGCGCCAAACGCGGAUCACUUUCACAUCUUUUGGGGGUGCCCCCUGAUAAAGGAAUACUGGAGGGAAAUAAUAGGUUAAUUGGUUCAUCUAAAUUGCCCAUAGGUGUGAAUGUGACAGUGACUGUUUGUCUCUAUAUGUUCAGCCCUGCGAUGAACUGGAGACUUGUCCAGGGUGAACCCCGCCUUCGCCCCUGUGUAGCUGGGAUAGGCUCCAAGAGACCCCCGUGACCCUAGUGAGGAUAAAGCAGGUUCAGAAAAUGAAUGAAUGAAUGAAUGGAGGGAAAUAAAAAAAGGUUAUGGAUGAAGUAACAGGUAUUGAAACCCCCUUAAUGUUUGAAAUGUUGUACUUGGGAAACAUUGAUUCUGUAAAUCUCUUAAAAUGGGAUGACUACAAACUGACUGGAAUAAUGCUGCUGGCCAGGAAGGUGAUCAGCAGGAGAUGGGGAAGCAGUCUGGUGUCCAACAUACAGGAAUGGGAGGAUGUUCUGCUCAAUAUUUAUAGAAUGGACAAAGUUACUACAUAUGUUAGGUAGGAAGUCGAUGAGUUCAGAUAUGUGGGAAGGAUGGCUACAUUAUGUAAGACAGCAUAGAUCAGAUUUUGUACAGGGGAAGUGAUUUUACUGUAGGUUCUGUAGGCUACUGUUCAGCAGGCAUCAGGACUGACCUACAUUUGACAUGCAUCUGGUGAGAGACCAACUGAAGGAAAUUAAUUUUCUUUUUACACUCUGGUUCGAUGCUACAAAGUUUGUCUUUUAUGUUGUUUUAUUUUUAUUUAUUUUUUUUUAUUUUUUUUUUAUGUCUUUAUUUUAUUUUACAUGCUUGUUGGAAUGAUCAGGUCAGGUUACAUGUGUAUGUGCAGGUAUAUCCUUGAUAUGGAAACAUCUGUAUUGAAAAAGGUAAUUUUCCAAAUGCAAAGGAAUUUCUAUUUUUGAAGGGAAAUAAAAUACAAAAAAAACAAACAAAACAAAACAAAAAACGCAAUAUCACACAGCAAAUCUGUGGAGUAAAAUAAUCUGGAGUUAGGUCUAAAAGAGUGAAAGAGUUAAAUUUCUGGAGUUCAUUCUGUAAGUUUAACUCCAGCUAGUGUCUUUGAUGAUGUCAUUUUUCAGGGUACAUUUACCAGAUGUUGAGGAGCAUGACUGAACACCAUGAUGGGUGUUGAUUUCUGGACAGAGUUAAAGAGCAGACCAGUGUGUUCAUGGAGGUUGUAUGAGGCGUCGUAUCAGUACCAUUUGACUUCUGAAACAAGGCAGUUUAUUAGACUGGAAAUAACUGUUCUGUCAGCUCUGUCACUAUCAGAAUGGGUAUAUUUCUGUUCGGACCUACUUGCUAACCAGCUGCUAAAAUUAGCUCUUGCUGCAAAUUUAGAACGUCGAACAUGCUCAUUUUAGCUUGACAGCUUCUUGCAUUGGAGUCUGAGGGAAUUCAUACAAUUCAUACAAGAGUUCAGAGCAAAGCUGUUGAACAAACAGUGCAUGCCAUGGUGCACUCCUGCACUGCCACAGAGCCCUCCCACAGACUCAUGAUCAACUUCACCUGCAGCAUCUGUCACACCUGGAGCACAUCUGCAGGAGGAGCCCAUAGAAGCACCUCCUCCUCUGGAGCACAUCUGCAGGAGGAGCCCAUAGAAGCACCUCCUCCUCUGGAGCACAUCUGCAGGAGGAGCCCA